UCUAUGUUGAUUUGAAAGUCGAUAAAUCUAUGUGCACGAAUGGUGUAUUCCCGCCAUUGUCGUACGUAGUGGGUUCAUUGUCGACCAUAUGCCGACCAUCCCUUUCCAACAAAGUAAUAGACUCGUCCGUCUUCUUCAACUUCGUUUUGAUUAUUUUAUCGGCCGUAUUGAUGAAAAUUGUGAAUGAUAUUUCGUGUGAUGGUGUUGAAAAAUAAUAACUACCACGAUAGUUUGUCAAAAUAACAAAAUAAUAAGCCGAUCGGGAGUAAGAAGAAUUUUUUUUCUUAGUGUAUGGGUUCGGCCAUUUUCCUGCAGAGGGGGAUGGUGGGGUAAAGUGUGAGAAAAACAUGCGGCCACUUCUUUCAUUCGUGUCGAUCGUUCGAAUUAUUUCACGAGCGAAAUUGAACGAAAAAUUCAAAAUAAUUGCUAGUACAAACGUACGAGGUCGAAAAAGUAUCUAAAAGGUCAUAAGAAAGUGUAGAAAAGAUAUCUCAAAUAAAUUCCUUUGUCAGCCAUGUGCAAAUGGUGUAGCAUUUAAAAGAUCCUCGGCGAACGAAGCGCACCGACCAAUGAGCGCGGUCUCGGCUCGGUCACGUGACUUCGGCCGACCAAUAAGCGGGACGAGAUUUGAAAUCGUGCGUGGUCUUUGUUCACGAGCCUACCGUCAACGUUACUUCAGUUCCGUAAAGGGGGCCUUGUGUCGGUGUCAUUUUAUACAUGGUCGCUGCCGAAAAUCUCAUUAUUUCCAAGUAAAAUAUAUGUGUGAAAGUGGUGUUACGCUGAGUGGACGAGAUACUUCAAAGACUGUCGAUUAUACGUUAGAUGAAUGUUGGAAACAAUGAGUAGAUCCGCUCUUGGGCCAGAUCAGGUUCCAUCAAGCCCUUGGCUCUCAAUGGAUUCUUAUUUCGGUACCGACAGUCUUUCCCUUCAAGAAAUGCUCGACGUCGAUAUCAGAUGCGAGAUCGAAGACGUUAUCGAUGGUCACAACGAUAUUCACGCGGAUUACAGUUUCAGUAUCGCAGAUUUACCGCAAAUCGAAUUGGACGACAAUCCUGUUGUCCUUAACGAUCUUCAUAAAACUUUAAAUUCUUCUAAUUUGCUAAAUGGCAACAGCAACAGUAACAGUUCUAACAGCAGUAAUUUCCAUCUCGAUUUAAGCAACGACGUUACAUCCAUUAUGGUUAAUCCCAAUUCUGUAAUGCCUCACAUGGCCACCCACAAUUCUAUGUCGAACAUCAACAAACGACACUUUUCUUUUACACCCAAGAUAGAGGUCAAAGAGGAAAAGAUAGAUGUUGAAAACGAGUUGGACAAUGACGAUGAUGUCGAGAAUGAAAAUGACAACGAGAACGAUGAAAAUGAUAACGAUAACGAUAACGAAAACGAUGACAAUGAUAAUGAUAAUGAUAAUGAUAAUGACAAUUACAAUGAUAUUGAUCAGGAUAAUGAAAAUGAUCAAGAAAAUUAUAACGAGGUAGAUACGGAAAUCGAUCAAUAUGAAAAUGAUAUUACGGAAACUGAGGAUGACACCGAGGACGAGCAAGAAAUAGCCAGUAGACCGGUUGCAUUGUUGAGAUUAAAACCUUCUCAUACAAUAUCGUUAAAUACUGCCAUUAAAACAAUAUCCCCUCAAAUAACGAAGGCCCAUUUGUCGUCUAAAAUUAAUGGAUUACCCGGUAUACGGGCUCAAAAUUUUAAAGUAUUACAAAGCACCCAACCGAGUCAACAAUCUCAGCACGUUAGAAAACAAAUCUAUAAUAACAAUUAUCAUGUUAACAAUUCUUCGUCGUCUACGAUCUCAAUUAGAAAAGAAUUUGAUUUGUCCGACUUUGAGGAUAAAUUAUAUCCGAAACCGGCGUAUUCUUAUUCUUGUUUGAUUGCUAUGGCCUUGAAAAAUAGUCAAACUGGUUCGCUUCCAGUUUCAGAAAUCUACAAUUUUAUGUGCGAACACUUUCCGUACUUUAAAACUGCACCAAAUGGUUGGAAAAACUCCGUGAGGCAUAAUCUAUCUUUGAACAAAUGUUUUGAAAAAAUCGAAAAACCAGCAGGCAAUGGAAAUCAAAGAAAGGGAUGCUUGUGGGCAAUUAAUCCAGCGAAGGUAGCCAAAAUGGAUGAAGAAGUACAGAAAUGGUCGAGGAAGGAUCCAUUAGCAAUUAAAAAAGCAAUGAUAUGUCCGGAUCAUUUGGAACUAUUGGAAAGAGGAGAAAUGAAGUAUGGUGGGAGUGGUGAAAUGUCAGAAGAAAAUGAAAGUUCAAGUGAUGAGACUGCUGAAGAAAGUGCUGUGUACGAUGAAUCUAUGCACAAUCAUAUUGCAGCUAAUUCGGUUACCGACAGUUAUGACGAAAGUAGUCAAGAUUGUGAUAUCGACAUCAAAGAACAUAUUUACGAUGAAAUCGACAUAGAUGAUAAGGAUGCAUUGCAUAUGCAAUUAAACAUCACUAAACAAGAAACAAUUGGUUAUGAAUUAAGUCCUUGUACGAAAAAACGAAAAACCCUUACCGGUUCUAUACAAGGGAAUUACGUUUAUCAACCUGUAACUACUUCUCGAAGAAAAACGCCUUUACUUUUAAGAGCAGAGACCACGGCUGAACCUCUCCUUAAAAUCGAGUAAUUUAAAACAUUCGAAAACAAAAAAGAAAAACAACAAAAAUCGAAUAUGGAUCUACGAGUAAAAUUAACAUCCCCCUUUUUUAAAGAGCUUUCGACAAAAAUAUUUCAUGCUUAUAAAAUAUGAUCGUUCUUUUCUUUUUUUUUUUUAUAUAUUGUUUUUCCUACAAUAAUAAAACGUGAGUCAAAUUUUAUACGAUUUGACGACAUUUUGCUAAUACAAGAUGAUGUUUCAAACAAUUCAAAAAGCAUUCUCAAAUAAUAAUUGGAAUUAUUCUUAUUAGAAAAUCUCUCUACUUAAUUUUUUAAUAUCCAUGAUACACGUGCAUAGAAAUAUUUCUUUGUCGAAUCUUAAACAGCCAAGUAAAAUUGCGAGCAAGUAAAAAAGAAACAGUUGGAAACGCAUCAGUACUAUAGUGUACAUAUGAUGAAAAAGUAUAAGAAGCAAAGCGGUAUAUAUCCCACCAACCACACCACCACCACCACCACACCACCACCAUCACCAUCUGUUUAAUAACAUGUUUAGCUUUUAUAUGAUUGAAAAUAUUGAGUUGUAGAUUUAAAAAUCUUAGUAAUUUAUAUAACAAAUUUACUAGCAUUAUAUAUAUAUAUAUAUGUCAUGCAUUUUAGAUUGUAUAGGAGUACUUACUCAUGAACUGAGUCAGAGCAAACCAUAAAUAUCGUCUUUUUACUUUACACAGUGCAUUAGUAACUAUAAUGAGAUAAUAUAGUUACGCAUGAAGAUCUUCCAAAUUCAUUAAACGAUUUCACGAACUUCCGUUUAACAUUGUUGACGAAUAAUCUAUUUUUACCGAACUUGUUUCUCUGUGUAAUCUCUGUACACGUAUAUAGUUAAAACAUUCUACUAGCACCGUAGACAAUUUCAGAAUAUUUUUUUUCUAAUUUUUUUUUCACAUUAUAUUUUUUUCUUAGAUUUCUGCUGUCAUCAUUCCUUUCUCGUCAAUUUUUACUUUUAUUUUUUAUUAUUUGUACAAAUAAUAUCCAGAUAUUAUUGCCUUGCAAUUUUAAUUAACUCGAGAACAAUGAUACAUAUUGUGAAACAAAAAAAAGAAAAAGAAAAACACACAAAAAAAAAGAAAAGAAAAUAAAAUUACAGUUAAGU